AUGUUCCGCAGCAAGCCCAAGAUGGACAUCCGGGAUGUCAAGAACAUCCAGGAGGGUCUGAAGGGCAUCUACAAGAAUAAGGUCAAGCCCACCGAGGAGCAUUACAUGUUCACGGAGUUUCACUCCACGCGUCUGAUGGAUUCGGACUUCGACGCCAAGCCCAUGGUCCUGCUGCUGGGUCAGUAUUCCACCGGUAAGACGAGCUUCAUCAACUUCCUCAUCGAGCGCGAGUUCCCCGGAAGCCACAUCGGCCCGGAGCCGACCACCGACAAGUUCAUCGCCGUCAUGCACAAUCGUGAGGACCGCGUGACCCCGGGUAACGCUGUCGCCGUCCAGCCGGACAAGCCCUUCCGCGGGCUGGAGAUGUUCGGCGGUGGUUUCCUCAGCAAAUUCCAGGCCAGUGAGUGUAACGCCCCCCUGCUGGAGGAGAUUACCUUCAUUGAUACGCCCGGUGUGCAGGCCGGCGAGAAGCAGCGCAGCGGCCGUGGCUACGACUUCACUCAGGUGGCCUCGUGGUUUGCCGAACGCGCGGAUCUGAUCCUGCUCCUGUUCGACUGCCACAAGCUGGAUAUCUCGGAUGAGUUCAAGAAGACCAUCGAGUGUCUGCGGGGCCAUGAUGACAAGAUUCGCGUCGUCCUCAAUAAGUCGGACAUGGUCAACACCCAGCAGCUAAUGCGUGUGUAUGGUGCCCUCAUGUGGUCUCUGGGUAAGGUGAUUCGCACGCCGGAGGUGGCCCGUGUGUACAUCGGCUCCUUCUGGGCCAACCCCCUGCAUUACACGGAAAAUGCCCCGCUCUUCCAGGCCGAGCAGGCGGAUCUCCUGCGUGACCUGCGCAACCUCCCCUCCAAUGCCAUGAUCCGCAAGGUCAAUGAGCUGGUCAAGCGCACCCGCCAAGCACGCGUGCACGCCAUCAUCAUCAGCCACCUGCGCAAGCAGAUGCCCGCCAUGUUUGGCAAGAGCACCAAGCAGGAGGAGCUGCUGGCCGACAUGCGCAAUGUCUUUGAGGAGAUCCAGCGGGCCAACAAGCUCCCGGCCGGCGAUUUCCCUGAUCCGGAGAAGUUUGUCCAGCUCUGUCGGAACAUGGACUUCUCCAAGCACUUCAACAAGUACAAUGCCAAGCUGAUCAACAGCCUCACCGAGGUUCUCGAUAAGGACCUUCCUGCCCUGAUGACUCGCUUCCCGCCGGAGGUUCUCUCCGGGGAGAAGGCCGGCAACUCGGCUGAUGUCAUCUUGAGCACUGAUAUGGGCUUUGCCAACCGCAUCACCCAGGGCGGCAUCAACAACCCGAACCCCCUGGCCCGCGAUGCUGUGGUCAGCCCGUCGGCUUCGCGUGGCUCGGCCCUGGCCCUGCCCGCCCCGGCGGCCCCGGCCGACCCGUGGGCUGUCUCGGCCAGCGAGCGGUCCAACUUGAUCGCCGAGUUCCAUCGGCUCAAUCCGCCGAACGGCCUGCUCAGCGGUGGCCAGGCCAAGGAGGUCCUCCUGCGCACCGGGCUCGACAAUGAGUCCCUCAAGCGCAUUUGGUUCCUCAGUGAUGCCGAUCAGGACGGUUUCCUCUCGCAGGACGAGUACGUGGCGGCCCUGGUCCUGGCCCGCGGUGUUCGCUCCGGCAUGGCCAUCCCGCACAGCCUGCCGGCCUCCCUGCAGUCGGGUGGCUCGAGCAACCCCUUCUAA